AGGAACACUCCAUAUGUAGCAUAACCACUCCUGCCUGCUGUAGUGCACAUGGUGGCAGGAGUGCUCUUGCGCUGGCCUAUGGUAAGUAGUUCAACUGUUUUAAUAUAGUUUGACAACUUUUCAGGGUAUGCAGAUGGGGACUAUAGUUGUGGUUGCCUAGCAACCCAAGCACUACCACUACAGCUAAUCUGUCAACCACACUGAUCCGAGUUAUGUGGUCUCGGUGUCAUCACGAUCACAUGAAUUGGAUCUGCAGUAUUGGAUGAAGGGGGGACUGCCUUGGUUGUUGGGUAUUUUUUCUCUCCACACAAAAGGGACACUAUAGUCACCAGGACCACUACAGAUUAAUAAUAAACCAUCGCUGCAGGCUUUUCAAUGUAAACUCUGCCUUUUCAAAGAAAAGGCAGUAUUUACAUUGCUACCUAGUGAUACCUCUAGUGGCAGUCACUCACAAUGUGCAGCCAUCUGUAUUCAGUGUCUCCACACUCUGCCUUGAGGCGCUUAAUAUUCCCCAUAGAGAUGCAUGGUUUCAAUGCAUCUCUAAGGAGAUGCUGAUUGGCACAGCAUUUUACAGCACUUGUGCAAUAGCUUCCCAAUGCUUUCCUAUGGGAAAGCAUUGAAUUGGCUGAGAUAAUCAAGCUUGAUGAUCUUGACCAUAGAGGAGAGGACAGCCGCAGGGACACCAGCACUGUGUGGGGGGAAAAGUUGAAUAAAAACACCCUACCCAUGCGAUCAGUGGCUGGUCACCUAAACAUAGACACUCACUGACAGACAGAUACACACAGUCACAGAUUACAUAUUUUAUUUCAAUUUAAGUCCACCCAACCUUCUUACCUUUGGGAGAGCUGAAAAGGGUCCGCGUUCCCAGGGGUCCAGUGGACGGCCGGCUGGGGGAGAGUGGAGGCAGACGAGCAGCUGCAAGUACUGUAGGCAGCUAGCUCUUGAUUUGCUGCUUAGUGAUGCUGGGGCUGGAAUGAUGUCAUAUUCCGGCCUCUGCAUCUCUAAGCGGCGCGCAAGGAAGCAGGAAGGUCGACAGCUUCCUAGCCACCUGCCCUAGAGGGAGCGGGCUCACAAAUCUCGACUGUAAAAUAAAACUGGACUUUAAGCCAAAAUAAUGUCUCUUUUUUUUGUCAUUGAUUUUUAUCCACCAUCCACUCGUGGUUUAUUGAAAACCCCCAUCUGCAUGUAUUUGUUUCAUUUGCUAUGCUUCUGUAUACAGUACUAUAGCAGAGAAAAAGUACAAUUCUAAUUUUGUGAUUUAAUUGUCUUUUUAGUUACAAGAUGUCACGUGAUACAAAAGGGGAUUCCCAACAAUCUCAGGGCACUUCUAGUUCUUCCUCCAGUGUCCCUCAAUCCUACAGCCAGUCUUCAUCCUCUGGUACCAUGAGUUCUUUGGAGACGGUCCCAUUAAUGGAUAUUGCAUCAAUACCAGAGGAACAAGAACUAGAAGAUAUUCUUCAGCCGUGGGGUCGUCUUUGGGCUCUUGGAAAGGGUUUUGAGAAUCAUGGUAUGGUAAUACUUACCCAAUUUAAUUUUGUGUAUGUAUUUAUCUUACAUUGGGAUGGACGAACAUUAAAGGACCACUAUAGGCACCCAGACCACUUCAGCUUAAUGAAGUGGUCUGGGUGCCAGGUCCAGCUAGGUUUAACCCUUUUUUCUAUAAGUUUACAUUAGGGUUAAUCCAGCCUCUAGUGGCUGUCUCAUUGACAGCCGCUAGAGGCGCUUGCGUGCUUCUCACUGUAAAAAUCACAGUAAGAAGUCGCCAGCGUCCAUAGGAAAGCAUUGUGAAUGCUUUCCUAUGAGACUGGCUGAAUGCGCGCGCGGCUCUUGCCGUGCAUGUGCAUUCAGCCAAGGAGGAGGAGAGCUCUCCACUCGGCGCUGGAGAAAGAGGAAAGUUUAACCCCUUCCUCCCCCUUCAAGGCCGGCGGGGGUGGGGGCACCCUCGGGGCACUAUAGUGCCAGGAAAACAAGUAUGUUUUCCUGGCACUAUAGUGGUCCUUUAAGUUUUAAGGGGGCAGUAUACUCUUCCAGACCACUUCAUCUAAAUAAAGUGAUCUGAUUGACGUGUCCCUGCCAUUUAUCUCCCACAGUGUAGAACAUUGCCGUUUUGGAGAUGCAACAAUGUUUUAAUUGUACAGUUAAACACACCUUAAGAAGACGGCCACAAGAUGAUUCUUCUGCAGUGAGAACGGAGUCUGAUUUGGUUCUUCACUUAUAGAAGAAUUUGAUUAGCAUAGUGUGGCGAUUGCUACACAUGCGCACUAUGUCCAGAGUGUUUCUCAAUGAGAAGAUUUCACUGGACACAAUACUCAUCAAGCCUGAUGGAUUCAGUAGAGGUGCUGAUGCACUGCAGGGCUUGCUUCAAAUCGGAAAAGCAGAAGUUCACUGUUGACUCUAGUGAAGGCAGGGUGCAACAUCUUGUGGACUGCAGCUAAGACGUCAAACCGUUCUAAAACAGGGAGAUGCCAGGGCAACCCUGGCACUACAACCACUAUAACAUACGUAGUGGUUAUGGUGUUUUGAGUGUUUUAUUUAAUAGCACAUUCAAAUGUAUUUAUUUAUUACAACAUGGAGUUACAGAUAUUUGUAGAGUUAAGGAAGCCAGUAUUAUUUUGUUUUCAUUGGGCAACGUUUAGGAAUCUGUACAAAAUACUCAAACGUUAUGAGCCACCAGAAACACCCUUUAAAGGAACACUAUGGGGUUAGGAACACAAACGGGUAACCCAGACCCUAUAGUGUUUACCCACCAUUUAGGUGGCUUUUUCAAACAAAAUGUGUUGGGAGUUCCCUUUGUUUUACAAAGAAUUUUGUGAGAAUUAUGCUCUGUUCUUUCACCAGACUGUGUGAAUAAUGAAUAUGUGUUUGGAAGAGAUAAACAAUGCGACUACACGUUUGAUAGGCGAAUAAUAAACAAAACUGAAAAAUAUAAAACAUACAGCAAAAAACAUUUCCGGAUAUAUAGGGUAAGUGUUUAAAUUUAAGGUAAUUUGAUCAUUUUCAGGUAUUUGUGUCUUCUAUAAUUUUGAGUGGGGAAGUGACUGAACUAACUGUUAAAAAUCCUGUAAUGGGGAGGAACAAAUGCUGAUUGUGAAGUUAAAAGCUCAGUAAAUCUUACAGAUCUGCUUUCACCGUGACUGUAACUUUUUUUUUCUUGUCAGCUGUUUAUGCUUUUCAUAUUAUUAUAAUUAAAGGAACACUAUGGUGUUAGUAAUACAAACCUCUAUCCCUAUGCUACAGUGCCCCUGUCCCUAGUUAUAUUCAGGUGUAAAGGUCUUACACCCCUUUUUUCCAGCACUGUUAACCUCUCCACCUCCUGCAAACAUCACAAAGAAAGCGUUGCUUCCUCCAUUGCUGGUCCAAUCCUAUGCUUCUCAUAGGAAAGUAUUGAGUCCAAUGCUUUCCUGUGAGCAGUAACGUCACGAGACAGAGUUUUACUCUGUCUUUGCAGCAAAAGCACCCAUAAUAGCUGUAAGCAUAAUAGCCACUAAAGGCCUGUUUAAUCCUCCAAAGAUAAACAUUGCUUUCUCUGCAACAUGGAAUUGUAUAACCUUGAAGUUUAAGCGUACAGGACCACUGCACCCAGACCACUUGAUUAAGAUAGUGGUCUGGGUUGCUUUAGUAAUAAUACAAUAUAUUUGCUUUAGUAAUAAUAUAGUUUAUUGAUCUGCAUGCCAGAAAUUUGUACCUUUGUUUUCAAGGAUGGAGAACAAGGACAUUCCCCAAUUGCAUACAUUGAAGAUUUGAGUGGCAAUGGAACAUACCUAAACAAAGAGCUCAUUGGCAGAGACAAGAAGUUGCCUUUAACAAAUAAUGCAGAAAUUGCACUUUCAUUACCAUCAAAUAAAGGUAUCCCUGUCUAUUAUAAUAAUAAUUGAUUCUACAUCACUCCAAAAACUUUGAUAUUUUUUUUUUGUUUUUUUUAUCUUAGUUAUUUUGCUGACACAGUUCUACUGGGAUUUAUUCACAAAACCUGAAGUCCAAAUAGCAAUAUUAAAAAUAAAAUGGCCAAUUUGAAAGAUUCUCUAACUUGGCCGUAGGCACAUCUUGAUUUGUUUAGUUUGAAUUUUGCUAUUUGGAUUUCAAUUCACUAAACUUCAGAGUUUAGUGAAUAAAUCCAUCUGUCUUUACCUAAAGUCUUCUACACACCCUUCCCUGUAUAUUGUAUUUUCCUUAUUUCAUUUCAGAUUUUAAGUUUUUUGUGGCUAGGCUUAUCAAAAAUAUUGUAUUGCCUGUCUCUAUCUAUUAGGAGUGUGUGUGCGUGUAUGCAAUUACGUAUUUAGAUUUUGUGAUGCCUAGACCUGACAAUCUCGAUGCAACCCCUUCAUCUUUCUUAGCAUACUCAUCUGCACCUCCCCUUCCUAUCAUAACAAACCUUUUUCAGGUCUGUUGUCUUCUAGGGUUUUAUUAAAGGGACAACUAAUUGAAGUAGUCUGUAUGCUGUGACCCUUUUGCACUUUGGAACUGCAAUGUUUUAAAUUGCAGCACUGAGAACUGCAAUGUUUACAUUGCAGCUCUAAGUCUGCCCUCUGUUGCUGUCUAACAGACAGCCACUAGAGGGCUUUCUGAAUCCAAACUGACUUUUGGUCUGUUAUCUCACGCUUUACGUCCUUACGGACCUUCGGCAUCAGAUUUUCCCCAUUAUAAAGCAUUGAAUAAUGCUUUCCUAUGGGGAGGUCAAAGGUGCACGGGCCAUUGCCGCGCAUUGUGCAUUAGGUCCCCCGCUGGCUAAUGACGGUGGGGGCGUGGGCGGAACCCGACCCAACGCCAAGGGACAUCGACGCUGGAUUAGGUUAGUGGCUGAAUGGGGUUUUAACCCCUUCAGCCCCGCGGCAGGAGGGCACUCCAGGAGCCUAUAGUGCCGGGAAAAACUGGUUUGUUUUCCUGGCACUAUAGGAUCCCUUUAAGUACCGUAUAUACUCAAGUAUAAGUCGAGUUUUUCAGCACAUUUUUUGUGCUCGAGUUAAUGUCUGUAUUUUGGCAACUUACCUUGCCUUAAUACAGACCAGGACCGCCGGGCUCAUUACAAGCCUGGCGGUCCUGUUAGGGGCUGGCAGCGAGCUGUAACUUACCUUUCCUGCAGCUCCUGUCCGCUCCCUUCUCUCUCGUCCGGUCAGCUCCACUGUAAAUCUCGCGAGAGCUGCGGGGAACGCUCCGGGCUGCCGCGCGACCUACAGUGGAGGAGAAGGGAGCUGACCGGACCAGAGGAGAGAGAAGGGAGCUGACAGGAGCUGCAGGAAAGGUAAAUUACAGCUCGCUGCCAGCCCCCCUCCUACACAGUGCACACCACUGGACCACCAGGGAAUGAGAGCCCCCCUCCCUGGCCAGCUAACAAUCAGGGGGGGAAGGGGGACGAAAAAAUAUAAAAAUUAAAAAAAGCCUAUAUAUAUAUAUAUAUAUAUAUAUAUAUAUAUAUAUAUAUAUAUAUAUAUAUAUAUAUAUAUAUAUAUAUAUAUAUAUAUAUACACACACACACUGCACUCAUACAAACACACACUGUAAAUAAAUAUUCAAUUAAUAUAAUUUUGGGGGGAUCUAAUUUUAUUUAGAAAUUUACCAGUAGCUACUGCAUUUCCCACCCAAGUCUUAUACUCGAGUCAAUAAGUUUUCCUAGUUUUUUGGGGUAAAAUUAGGGGUCUCGACUUAUAUUCGGGUCGACUUAUACUCAAGUAUAUACGGUGCUCAGGUUUAAAUGAUGUGCGUAAACAUUGCCAUUCCUGCACAACUAGGGUUAAAAUGAGGGAGACAUGACACCCAUAUCACGUCACUGAGAUGAAGUAGUCUAUGUGCUUAUAGUGUCCUUUUAAACAAAAACGGGCACUGCAUGUUAUAAGGUUAACAAAAGUUAGGAUUGAUUUUUCACUGGUCUUACUUGUGUACAUUCCAUGGAAGCGACAGUUUCCCUUUCCAACAUCAAUUAGAACAAUUUAUAAUUUCUUGCGAACUGUUAUAGUGGUUGUGGACACAGUCUCCAGACAUUUUCAGUUUAUUCACCAGUCCUGCUUCCUUGCCUGUGUUAAAUGUUUUUACAAUACUACUGUUGUUGUCACAGCUUACAAUAUUUGUGCUUAGUUUUGAACAAUUUUGGGGGAAGCCUCUUCCUGUGCUGACCGCAGUGUGUCAGACAGACUUUAUAAAGUCAUAGUACUGGACACAUCUGACAGCUGGGCUUUUAAAAAAAAUUUUUUUUUUUUUAAAGAUGUGAGUGGAUGCAGAAAACCCCCAGAUGUUGAGAGGCCAACAACAAGUAAACUCCCUGACAACUUUCAGCAUCAAACCUCCCAAGUAGAUUUACUGAAUGUGCAGAACCUGGCACAUAAACCUUAAAAAGAUUCUUGCUUGUAAUACAUUAUGCUGAGCACACACAUGGGUGUAAGCCAUGGUUCCAAAUAUGUGGGAUGCCAAGGUUUACCCAUUUUGCCAUAACUGUGCUGAACAUGUGUUUACUGAUGAAGGAACAAGGGACUGUCACUUAUUGAGGAGCGAGGCUUCCUCCUUAAAGGGACACUCCAGGCACCCAGACCACUUCUGCCUAUUGGAGUGGUCUGGGUGCCAACUCCCACUACUCUUAACCCUGCAACUGUAAAUAUUGCAGUUGUUUAUAAACUGCAAUAAUUACAUUGCAGGGUUAACUCCACCUCUAGUGGCUGUCUGCUAAACAGCCACUAGAGGGCACUUAUUGAUUCAUAACAAAAAUUUUCUUUGCUAGAGCAUCACUGGACGUCCUCACGCUGUGUUAGGACCUCCAGCGUCGCUCAAUUCCCCAUAGGAAAGCAUUGAAAAUCAUUGCCGCGCAUGCGCGUUAGGUUUCCUCAGCCGGCGGGCGGGAUCAGUCUCGCCCACCGGCUGACGUGAUUACUGGGAGGAGCGACGCCGACCCGAAACCACCGCCGAGGGACAUCGGCAGGGUCUCAGGUAAGUGACCUGAAGGGGUUUUCACCCCUUCAGCUACCUGGGAUGGGAGGUGAGAGGGUACCUGCAGUGCCAGGAAAACGGAUUUGUUUUCCUGGCACUGGAGUUUUCCUUUAAGAAAAAAUUGUUUAGUGCUUAUUUAGUUAUGAAAAAAACAAGUCCUCGUUUGACCACAAGGUGGCAACAAAUUUCUGUUUCCAUGGGUAGUUGUUGUUGUUAUUAUUAUUAUUAUUAUUAUUAUUAUUUUUUUAUUAUUUAUGUAGCGCUGUACAAUGGGUGGACUAACAGACAUGUAAUUGAAAUGACACUGUGGUUACCUAUAAAUUUUAAAUGUUUAUAUGAAUGGUUAUCUUUCAUGUCUUUACUAUGAACAGAAUAUUCACAUUUUGUAUCUAAAAUUGUACUUCUAAUGCAAUUGUGGCAGCAUUCUUAAUGAAAAUGUGUACCAACCUCCCAUUACUGGCCUCAUAAGUGAACAAACACUUUUGGAUUGUUCAUAAAUUUAUUGAAAUACCUGUAAUUGAAAUACUUCAUCACAAAGACCGUUUUUACAAGAUCUAGAACUUUCUUUUGGUGCUUACUUGCUAAACCGUGCAAUUAUACAACAUGUCAAGGGAACUGCAAAUGGUUAACUCUGCUAUUUUCCAGCUUACAAAUUUUAGACUAACCUUCUAUUGAACAAAUCCUCAUAUCACCCUUCAUUUUGUAUUUGUUACUCUUAGCCUUACCAUUGGCCCCUAAUUGUAGAACUUCUAUGUAAUCACUAUCCUCUCAUGUCUAUCUGUUAACACAAUAAUUCAUAAAAGGGACUUUUUGCCACAUAUCUCCCUAUGCUGAUGCGUGAUACUUAUUUGGAAUGAUGCUGUAUAUUCUGUGGUCAAUCAUUUUGUAUUGACACUUUUGUCUUAACUGUACAGUAGGAAUGACAAGUUUAAAAAAAAAAAAAAAAAAAUUAUAAAAAAUUCAUGAAAUCCUUUGCAUAAUGGCAAAUACCGCAGCUUCAAUUAAUCCAAAAAUGUGGAAACUGCUAACUCAAAUUUGAAGUAAUUCUUAGAAUAUACUGAGUGAUUCUAUAGCCCUGCCAUGCAGUUAAAAUGAAAUGGAAGGAAUGUAUUUCUCUGCUAUGUGAAAUACUAGUACUUUAGCAAAGAGAAGUAGCUAGGCUUUAUGGACUACAUUUUAUAAUGCAUUGUUUGUUAUUACAUAUCUUCAUUUUUUUUAACUUAAAAUGUGAAAAUGUUUCUUUUUUUUUCUUCAUUUAAAGAUGAUGGUUUUGAUAUAUUAGAAGAAUUAAUUAAUAUCCCCAGGUGCGCUGCAGUUUUUGUAUUUUCAGAUUUGUUGGUGGAUGAUCAGACAGUCUACCCAAAGGAAUUUGGAAAUAAAUUCAUUAUGUCAAAAACAAUUGGAAGGUGAGGCACAAUAUUAAUAACCAUUGACAGCUUGGAAAGCAAUGCUGGAUUGCAAAGUGUCUUCACAAAUCUAUGUGCAUAAUGAACUGGUUUUACCUGAAUUGUGUGAUGGUGUGGUAGUUUAAGUAAAGCCAGUUCAUUAUGCACAGAGAUUUGUAUUGGUCAAUAUAAAAAAAAAAAAAAAAAUGCAUCAGCAUAUACUUGUAUUUUGUACAAAAUAAUAGAACAAUUGGCAAUAUGCAAAGAAGAAUCAUUAGCUCAAUGACUGCUGUAGAGAGGGUCUGACAGUAAUCACUGUGAUAUGAGAAUUUUCAAAGUGACAAGGGGUAACAGCGUUGCAAAAAGACUAAAUAUAGACAGACAAGUUUGAGUUCAGUACUGGUAUAUAUGGUAUGAUUUGAAAUGGCAAGGAUGGAGAAAAGAGGGAAGAGUCUCAAAAAGGUUAAGCAAGCAUUCUCAAAAAUACAAACUUGGCAUAAAUCUGGUGGAAUGAGUCUACAAAGCUUUUCACGCAUAAGAUGUAAAAUAAGCAAUUUGUAUAAUCAGGCAAAGUAUAUCAUAAUAUCAGAACAUUUUGCAGGGUCUAUCUAUUAUGAGUGAGUAUUGAUAAAGUGCCUGUGACUUCUCAUUUUCCACCAACCUGAAUGUAUUGAUUAUAGAGUGUUAUAAUUUGGUCUUUUUUGAUUUAAUGUAGAAAUGCCUUUCGUAUAAAGCACAAUACUCCUAGCUCCGCAUGGUCCAUAAUAUAGUGGGUUACCUGUGCAUUGUAAAUACAGGCAAGUAUAUGGGCACAGGCAUCACAGAGAGACGAGAGAUCUUUUGAAGGGUUUGCUGGUAACAACAGGAGCGUACCCCUAGGCAAGAAGUUGAAGGCAGCAAAGUACAUUGAAUCCUGUGCAUUUCAACGUAAAGCGGAAUUAGGGCUUAAAACAUCCUCGUAUUGAAGGAGAUUAAAUAGAGUUCUUAUGGAAACAUCUUUCCAAUAAUUGCAUAUGGACCAAGUCUGCCUGGCUGUCACUUCAUAUCUUACUAUUUGGGAUAUUUGAUUUAGAGAUUCAUACAUAGAUGGGUUGACCUUAGUGAGCCAAUAUUUGUCUAUCCGUGACAGUGCAGCUAAUUUUGAUAGGUUUAGUGUAAGUUUCCUGAAACAUAAAUAAUAAAAGAAAAGUAGGUGUAUAAGGUACUGUAAGGCUAGUGUGAGUCUUAAUAAGUGAAAUUACUUUCAGCCAGUAGACUUGUUAUUUAGGGUAAUUCCACCAAACGUGCAGCAUGGUGCCCACAUCUUCAAGACAGCGCCAGCACUUUUUCGAUUUAGAAGGACAUAGAGUCAAAAAAGACUGAUUAUAUUUAACUGAUUAACAUUAGAGUAUCUGAAUGACCCAGUCAGUUACAGCUCCAUUAAUCACAGAAUGCCUCAUCUUUACUUUAUUGUAUUUAAAAUAUUUCUGUGUCUAUCAUUUUUACAUAACCUUUUCUUCUAUAGGCUUCAGCUUGAAUUUUUUUAAUAUUUUUUUUUCCACUCUUAGUGGGGCUUGCGGAGAAGUCAAAUUAGCUUUUGAAAAAUCCACAUGUAAGAAGGUUGCAGUAAAAAUUAUCAAUAAAAGAAAAUUUAUGCUGAGCAAUUCAGGUGAUUAUGUAAGUAAACACACAGCCCUUAAUCUGUAUCCAAAGUAUUUGUGCUACAUACACACACAUCAUUUUAUAAAAUAAGACCAAACACUCAGCAGCUUUUAAAACCAAUACAACACAAUGUUUUACUAAUUUUUUUUGAAUCUUUUUUUUUUUUUUUUUUGGAUGCCUGUACUCCUGGAUGACAGGAAUUUGUUCUUGCUUUUUCAUUAAGGUGCUAUUAAGGUGUCUCUAUCAUUUGUAACUUGUGUGUAUAAUAGGAAACAUAAAAUGCUUGUAGGAAGGGAGUGACAGAAAAGGUGGAAUUCUGGAGCAAAAAUAAUUAUUUAACGGUAUAAUGUAAAACAAAAGUGCAGAGGGAUGUGAAGCUUGUAUAUAAAUAAAACACUUUAUUUAGAAUGAUAAAAACAUAUAGAAAUACAUUAGAAUAAAUAUAUGUUAACAUGCUCCUAAAAAAUAGAGCAUAAAAAAAUCAAAAUAAUAUAACAUCUAUCUCAAAAGGAGUGUAUAUUGUUAUAUACUCCUCCUUCCCCCCUUAACCCUAUAGCUGUAUCUCUCUUUCACUUGUCUGCUGAGAAUAGGGCAAGUUUACUAGUGCUAUAUCUGCUUAAUUCAUAGUAUCGCUAUUAAUGCAGAACAAAUAGAUAUAUUACCAGAUACAAACAUUGCCAUGAAAAAAACAAUACUGACAAAAUUUCUACUAAUUACGUAGUUUCCAUUGCUUUAAAGGGACACUCCAGGCACCCAGACCACUUCUGCCCAUUGGAGUGGUCUGGGUGCCAACUCCCACUACCCUUAACCCUGCAAGUGUAAUUACUGCAAUAUUUACAUUGCAGGGUUAACUCCUCCUCUAGUGGCUGUCUACUAGACAGCCAUUAGAGGGCACUUCCUGGUUUAUAGCACACGAAAAGUGUGCUAUAGCGUCGCUGGACGUCCUCACGCUAUGUGAGGACCUGCAGUGUCGCUGAAAACCCCAUAGGAAAGCAUUUUUCAAUGCUUUCCUAUGGGGAGGUCUAGUGCGCGACAUUGCCGCAUGUGUAUUAGGUCUCCCCCGCCAGAUGAUGUUGGCGGGGGAGCAGCGUGGGCGGAUCCUGAACCAGUACCGAAAGACAUCGGCGCUGGAUACAGGUAAGUCACGGAAGGGGUUUUAACCCCUUCAGCAUCUUGGGAUGGGGGGGUGGGAGGGAGAGGGGACCUGCAGUGCCAGGAAAAUGGUUUGUUUUCCUGGCACUGGAGCGUCCCUUUAACCCAUUUGCAAUGCGAACAUAGGCAUUUAUUUAUGCACAAGAUGUAUGUUACUUUAUUCAAAUAUAAGCCGCUUGUGAAACCUUUUUAAAUUUUAUAAUUAUAGACCAAAACCACCCUUUUUAUACACAUAUACGCAAGGAAAUUUAUACAAUAAUAAGCAUAUAAUGGAGUCAAUACUCUUCACAAGGUUCCCAGAAAAAUCAGUACAUAUUUGUAAGUGGGGCAAUUACGAAAUUAUAUAAAAGAAGGCCCAUUCAUGUGGUGUUCAACAAUUUCUCCCUGAGGAAGUGAGCGCACGGCUCACAAAACCUGUAGGAGCGAGGAUACAGUGAACACCAGUAGCAUCACGUCCUUGGACUAUCUGAGUGCCCGUAAACAGGAAAGAUGCUGAAGCGAAGGGACAAGCACACCUAACAGGAUCCAUACCAAGUACAGCACAGUAAGCAGUAUUGCGAUACACAGGAUGAUUCCUGGGACAUUUAUUUCAAGCUUACCUUAUAGUAUCUUAAGGGAUCCCUGAGAUUUUCACAAACUAUAUACACCUAAAGAGCUGGAUGAAUAUUGCAGGACUUUAGCCCACUUCUAUACGCUCAAUAUACACCCCUUUUGACACAGAUGUUAUAUUAUUUUGAUUCUUUCUUUUUUUUUAAUUUUUUUUUUUUUAUGCUCUAUUCUUUAGGAGUAUGUAGACAUGUAUUUAUUCUAAUGUAUUUCUAUAUGGUUUGUAUCAUUCUAAAUAAAGUGUUUUAUUUAUAUACAAGCUUUACUUCCCUCUGCGCUCUUUAUUUUUUAUUUUAUUUAUUUAUUAACGUUAUACCGUUGAUUAAGGAAAUACCAAGGAUAUCUCCUAUUAUGAGCAGCAUUGGAAUUCGAGUACUUUUUAUUUCUACAUUACUACCUACAUUUUAUUUUAUGUAUAUUUCAUUGACAACUACAUAUUUUUAAGUGCUAUAUAUUUUAACACCUUAGGUGAUAAGAUCAAAGGCUGCCUAUAUGUGAUACACGUAUCUUUUCUUCCUAUACAUACUCUGAGCGCGAUUCAUUAUCCCAAUCACCUUAGAUUGGAAUUCCCAUAGACGUUAAAAGAAAAAACAAGAUUAAAAAAAUAAUAAAUACCAUGAAACUGACUGUAACCUUACCUGCACAUUGCACCUAACAAGUGAAACUAUACUGAAUCCUGAAAUACCCUGACAUUUUCAACUGAAAACCUUCUUCUGAAAUCUUGGCAGCAAUUUGAUAAACAGAUUGCCAUUGCAAACCAAAGGUGCAAGCUGACUUUUAUCUUUAAUCUCCUAUAGGAAAGGCCUAUUGCUUUUGAUACAGAAAUUGAGAUUCUAAAGAAACUGAAUCACGUAAGUAAAAUGUUUUAGCUAAACAGCAAAAGAAAACUAUUUAUAUAUUAUUCUUUUAACAUGUCCAUGAAUAAACUAUUUUUUAUUUAUUUUUGUGUGUGUAUUUCCCAUCAUCAAAACAGUAAGUGUAUUUGUGUUACAUUGGUCGGACUACUUUCUAAAGUCAUCUUUGACAGACAUGAGAGUGCUCUAGAACAAUUGUGCAAACAGAUACUUCUGUUUUAGUUUUAGCAAAUAUGUUAGAAGAACACUAUAAUGUUAGAAAUUCAAAGCUGUAUUCGUAACACUACAGUGUCCACUGCCCCCAUAGGCUCCAUCCGCAGCAAUCAAAGGGUUAAAAGUCCUUUAAACUCUUACCUGAUUCCAGCACCAAGCUAUGUAGGCGCUAGUUACGUCUCCACCUCCUGAAAUCAGCGUCGGGGGCAAAGUACGCGCUGUGAGUGCUGCUCGUGCAUGAGUCCUCUCUAAUAGGAAAGUGUUAAAUCAAUGCUUUGCUAUGGGGCUUUGCAAGACGUGAAUGUCCAGUGUCAUUUCACAGACUUAAACUCCGUGAAACUGCAGGAAGUGCCUCUAGUUUCUCUAAAACUGCAAUGUUUUCAGCUGCAGGGUUAAGGGGACAGGGACAUGGGUGCCUAUAGUGUCUCUUUUUAUAUACUUCUUACAUGUAUUAUUCAAAUAAACAAAUCGUACUUUUGUAAGCCUUCUUCAGACACUCAAUAUAGUGAUUGAAAAUAUGUUGGUUUGUAGUUUUAAUUGUAAAAACAUGGCAAUGGCCUUUUGGUUUGGAACUUUAAGAAGUUUUAAUAACUUCCUAUGCAUCCUCUUGCUCCAUUAGUCUCUACGUUCUCUUGAUGUACAGGCAGUAUAGCAAAGGUACACUGAUUCUACUUUUUUAUUUAUUUAUUUUUUUUAAAGCAUUCUCUACGUAUUUGUAUGCAAUAUUUAGUAUUAAUAUAUUCAUGUGUUUUAGCUAUGACGAAAGACCCUAUUGGUGCAGGACUCUUCCAGACCUGCUUUGCAUUCUACGUUUCCAUACUGCCUUAAACCAAAAGGGUUCCUAUUUAUUUUAUUUUCUAUACAGCAAAAUAGUUUUUACAUAUCACGUUGCUCUUGCGCAAUUUUUUUUGCGCAGUUUUGUAAAAUAGUAUAUAUGAAUUGGUUCCCAAAAUAGUUAAUGCCUAACCCAAAAAUAAGAAUGUUUUAAUACAAAACAAAACACAAACCUAUAUGUCUGUGUAAAUUGUGAAUAUAAUUUUAUGUAACUUUGUAUAGUUGUGGGAUCCUUCCAUGACUUGUUUACCUUUUUUGUCUCGUUUUGCAGCCUUGCAUAAUUAGAAUUGAAAAUUUCUUUGACUCAGAAGAUUUCUAUUACAUUGUUUUGGAACUGUAAGUACUUCUGGUGGCUUUACUCUGGUUGUCAGGCGUAAUACAGUAGAUAGAGAUAUCUAUAUAGCUUUUAAUAUAUAUAUAUAUAUAUAUAUCUAAUAUGUGUGUAUAUGUAUUUUAGAAAUAAGUUUAGUUUAACAAUUUGUAGUUCCUUUAAAGGCAACCUACAUGUAAAAUAUUUCUUCUGGGUUUUUGGCAUGUGUGUGUCAAAAAUUGUUUCCAAUGUAAGGUAUGGAGAAACACAUAUUUGUAUUUGUGUUCUAUUUUGGUCCAUUAUUUGCACCUCUUGUUUAUUGGAGCUGUGAUAUAAGAAGAUAUACCACAUUUGGAAGCACCAAGGCAUAUAUGUCGUGAGCACUUUGCUCUUUGUAUGUGUCUCACAAAUAGCUUUUGUAAGUAAUUUAAAUUCACUGUGCUUUUUAUUUAUUUUUAUUUUUUAUGGAUUGCAGGAUCACAAUAGCUUACUGAGAGAUUCAUUUUUAUGAAGAUCUCUGCUUAAGGAAAGAACUGUUGGCUGGAAUUACAUGGGUGAUUCUGUGUAUUCUGAACCACAAACAAUAAUGCAAAAUCAUAUUUCACUAAAAGUUUAAAAACUGGAACUGGGCGCUUAUGUAACCUAGUGAUCCAUUUUAUUCUAGGAUGGAAGGAGGUGAAUUAUUUGACAGGGUAGUGACAUCCGUCAGGCUUAAAGAAUCUACGGCAAAACUGUAUUUUUAUCAGAUGCUGCUAGCUGUUCAGGUAAUCGAUUCAAGUUAUGUGAUGAAUGAACAAUCUAUAUCCGAACUAUGGAACUUUCACAUGCUUACUAGAAGGAAUCUACAACAAUCUAUAAAAGGAAAAAAAGUGUCUUUCUACUAAGUCUCAUUUUAAACUUAGUUAUCACUUGCCCAAAGGCUUCUGGGGUGUUUUGUUUGAAAUUUCAAAUUUAUAUAGGAAUUUGUGACUUGUGUUUGGGAUCAAAAUUGAGAUGUAUGUGUUCUAGGGAACAAAAAGCAUAGCAUGUCUAACCAGUAGGCCUGACUCUUUGCAAAACCAGUUACCACCAAAGGUCCUAUAGAGUGUUACUCAAAAAUGCACCAAGGAUGACACAAGUGAAAACUAUAAGUUAAAUAGCUUAAUAGGGACUCACCACUGCCCAAAUCAAUAAAAUAAAGUCACUUUUUAGGACUGUAACUAUACCCCCAAUGAAAGCAUGCAUUUAAAUAUGCAUUUUUGUCCAUUGGGAGCAUAUCUAAAAACAUUUUGAAAAUGCCGCAGAUCUCUUGUCUGAAGCCAUUGCAAGUCCUCCCCUUCUAACAGUGCCCAGACUUUCUGCCACUGUCAAAUUUCAAACUUCCCAAUGCAGCUCAAUGAGAAGUCUUUGCAAAGCAGGUGCACUGGGCCAUUACCCAUCUUUUGCAUAUAGCUCCACUGAAUGUGUUAAAUUGGAUUCAGGCUCGCAAGCAAUCCAAAGUCUCAUAUCACGGCUGUAGUCUUUGCUGCUUUGUUAAUUUUACAACGCCGUGAUUGCUUUAAUUACUAACAGGUGGUUCAGGCUAUUGUUCAGUUUUGCAUGGUUACAUUUUUUUUAUUUUAUUUAGACUUGUAUUACUCUGUAUGUCCAAUUUGCAUAGUUAUGUUUAAAUCAAUAGUUUUAUUUCUAUUGCAAUGUUAAAUAUAAUUUGACUCCCUAGUACCUCCAUGAGAAUGGAGUCAUUCACCGGGAUCUUAAACCUGAAAAUGUGCUGCUAUCAUCCACCAAUGAAGAAUGCUGCAUCAAGGUGGGUAUUGUGAAGAUUGUGUCAUAUACAAUGCAUAUACCUAGAAUGGGGAAGAUCGCACUGCAUGUAGCUAAUCCUGAACAAGUGACUUAGAGAGAAGGAAAAAAAAAAACAUAACCAUUUCCCUCUGAAUAUUCAUAAUUUAAUAGGAAAUGAUUAACAUAAACUAACCAACAUAUGAAUUAAAAUAAAAUAAAUGUGUAAUGCUUCUUGAAUUUGAAACAAAUGAAUUUGAUCUGAAUACUAAUUUGCUGCAGUGAAGGGAGUUCUGCCAAGGAUUUUAUAAUAUGUUUCAACCAUGUGGUGACCUUGCCAGUCUGACACACUAUGCAUAUAGUUUGCUCAAUAUAGGGAAAUUAGCAUAUUUGUUUAAAUAACUUUUAAUUCAAUGAAAAUUAUUAAGCAAAGCAUCAGUGCAACACCAAUAUUUACAGGGAGACUCCAGUCCCAUGAAGCCCUUUAUUUAUUUUAAACUCUAGUGCUUUAAAUAAAGUUAUUUUGGGGGCUUAGUUAAAGGUUGUGCUGGCUUUAUCCACUGAUUGGAGCAGUAACUCAUAUUCACAUAUUUAAUAUAUAUAUGGCCAUUGCUGGCCACCAUGGUAAGCACGGUUAUUAUUUUUUUAUUAUUUAUAUAGAGCCAUCAGAUUCCGUAGCGCUGUACAAUGGUUGGACUAACAGACAUGUAAUUGUAACCAUACAACUGGACGUACACGAACAGAGUUGGAGGGCCCUGCUCAAUGAGCUUACAUUCUAGAGGAAGUGGGGUAUAGUGACAUAAAGGGUAAAAUGAAGCUUCGCAAUAAAAGACUAGCAUUCAGAGAGUGCAUGGGAAAAGCUGAUUUAUUUCAGUUCAAGGGAACACUAUAGCAAUAAGAAUACCAACACUCUCCAAUGAAUGGCAACAAGAUUUGCGUCCAGUUUCUUCAGCUCUGCAGAAGCCGGAUGUGAGUCACCAGACCAGCAAGGAGCCUCUGGGCCAGGUUUGGACCCAGCUAAGAGGGCAAAAUGUGGCCAAGGUUCGCCUACCGUCCUAUCCACUACAUCAUACUGUAGUGGUUAUAAUGUCUAGCGUAACCCUUUAAUUGCUUUAUUAUAAAACUGGAGUUGCACUUUCUAAACGGAAUAAUUUAGUAAAUGGUUUAUGCAACCACUAAAAUAAAGUCUUAUUUGUAUAUUGUGUUGAUAUUUAUUUUUCUGAAUAUAUACAGAUAACGGAUUUUGGCCAGUCUAAAAUUCUUGGUGAAACCUCUCUGAUGAAAACGUUGUGUGGUACCCCUACGUACUUGGCUCCUGAGGUGUUGAACACAGCGGGUACAGCUGGCUAUAGCAGUGCUGUGGAUUACUGGAGCCUAGGGGUCAUUCUGUUUGUCUGGUAAAAGCCUUUUUCUGUAUCUAAUUAUAAUCAACUUUCUCAAUUCAUAAUUUUUUUUUUUUUUUUCACCUCACGAUUUCUAUUUUAUUUCAGCCUUAGUGGAUAUCCACCAUUUUCAGAACAGAAUGGUAAGAUGCCAUUGAAAAAUCAGAUUGCUGGCGGGAACUACACCUUCAUUCCUGCUGCUUGGGAAAAUGUCUCUCCUCCUGGUGUGUAUAUAAUCUGCCAUUUUCUGUUUAUUUGAAAAAUCUUUGUAUCUGUAAUCGUUCACCUAUCAGUGGAUUAAAUUAAACAUGCAUUUGUUUUUGGUUUUUUUAAUGUGAUUUCUCAUCGGUCACAAAGUGACAUGCUGUUUUUUUUUUAUAUGUAUUAGUAAUUACUAAAGAACUACACAAUGAAAGAAAAGCAGACAAUAUACAUUUAAAUUAUUUGCAUGUAGUCAUUUUGUCAUGAUAAAAUUUAUGAUUCAAAAAUAAAUAUUUUUGCACCACUUGGCUACCAAUUUCCAACUCGCAACAGAAAAGUAAAACGAAUAAAUAACCAGCUCUGGGUUUUUUUUUUUUGUUUUUUUCUGGUAAUUCACUUGUAUAAAAGUUAUGUACCAGAAUCAUCAUUUGUUCUAAGGAAACCGAUUUCUGUGACAAUCCUGGUGCCUUUUUAAAAAUUAAAUAAAUAAAUAAUUAACUUGCCAACGGUUAGUGGUGAAUGGAAAUUUUGAGCCCUGUACGUAUAAGAAUUAUAUUCUUUGUCUCCUGUUCCAGCUGGGAGGGGGGAUGGGGCUUAGGGGAGAAUGUGCUUCUGCCUCUAAAGGUUAAAAAGUACCACUGGUGUAGAUUUUUCAGUUUAGGGCAAGAUUUCUGAUUAUCUUUUCCACUCUGUCCUUGCCAUCUAUUGUAUUACAAAUCAUAUGGCUUGUCAUACGCAGGACUGAUUGUGUCCUAUACUGACUUUUCUAAGAGUUGUUUUUCUUGUUUGUUUUUUGUUUAUUUACACCAAAUCUGCAAUGUUAGCUUAGCUGUUAUUGCAAUAUUAAUUACUGGCAGUAACAUCUGGUAAGUAGUAGUAUUCUAUGUGAGCCAAUCAGAAAGCAUUGCAUAACAUGUAGCAAUACUGACAUGGAAGAUUAACUUGCCAACCAUAUCAAGAAAGAUGUGAAUAGAGAUAGCUGAACAUAAAUCAGUUAAAUUAAAUGUCACUAAUUGUGUCCUUCCUGUCAAUAUCUGAAUGGAGUAGAGUUGGAAGUGUAAUGUUAAUGGCAGCUGUGACAUCUUCUGUUUUUGUGUCAGGACCUUCUUACAGAGAAAGUUACAUAUUUUAGAUGUUAAAUUGUUCUCAUGUGACAAUAUGCUUGGCAGCAAAUGUAAGCAUCUUUAUUUUAAAAGUGACUUUAAAAUCCAGUUAUGGUACAGUGAACAGUGCUGUAUAUUUGAGAGCAAAUGUGAUUCUAAACAUGAGUGUCAAGAAGACAGAGAGCUCCUUCCCUAGAAACUAAGAUUCAGGGUAAUGGUUGAGUGUGUUUUUGUUUAGAACAAUUUCUUUUUUUGUUUUUUUUCACCAAUGGUGUUCCUCUGUGAUUAUUUUUUCUUUCUAGUUCGUAACCAAUAAAUUACUGAUUGCAUCCAGAUAAUUUUCUGUUCAGCUUUAGAUCUUGUUAAAAAGUUGCUGGUUGUUGACCCGGAAAAGAGACUAACUACUAAGCAAGCUUUGGAACAUCCAUGGCUGCAGGUAAGAAUUGGCACAUGGAAACAUGCAUCUUGUUUUCUUUUAGGUUGUGGAGAAAUUCAUGCAAUCUCUGAAACAACUAUCCUUUUGUUUAUUGCAUGUGUCUUAUGUGGAUGCUUGUUCUGAUGACUUAAAGGAGCACUAUAGGGUCAGGAACACAAACCUGUAUUCCUGACCCUAUAGUGUUAAAACCACUAUCUAGCCCCCUUUGCCUUCCUAAAGAUAGUAAAAUCUUCCUUGUAAUCAAGUCUGAAGCUGCUGCUUUUUUUUUUCUCAUGUAAAUGGUUGAUAAUGUAAAAAAUAAAUGACUCUUGUAGUACACUUAGGAUCCCUUAUAUGCAUACAGACUGUGUCAUAUAUUUGUAAAAUAACACCUUUCAGUUAUACGUUUUACUUAGACAGAGUACAUCCAGAGACCUACAUGGAUAGAUGAUGGGGAAAUGAAAUUUAAGUGGCAUUCUGAUUGCUUGAUUUCAAUUAGAAGACUGCUUCAUUGACCUGAAAAUGCAUUGAUAGUUAAUUGUUCUCAAUCCCAAGUAUGCUAUGAAAGGAAUAGCUGGAGCUUUACAAUUUAAAAAAAAAAAAAGAAAAAGCUUCUUAAAAUCUACAGAUAUAUUCAGUUUUCUAAAUACACUCUGUUUUUAGAAGGUCAAAUUAUGUUUAACCCCUUAAGGACACAUGACAUGUCAUGAUUGCCUAUUAUACCAGAAGUUUGGUCCUUAAGGGGUUAAGCAGUAGUGUCCUCUAAAGAUGCUGCUCCACCUAUCCCAAAAUGUGACUGUGCUCUCAAUGAAUUUUAAGCAUAUUUUAUAUUAAUUUUUUUAAUGUUUUUUUUUGUUUUCAUUUUGUUUUAUUGGUAUUUACAGAUAUAUAAACAUAUGGGUUAUUUACAGUAAAUUGUUUUAUUUGUGAUUACUUUGUUUAGGAUGACAAAAUGAGAAAAGAUGCUGAGCGGUUAAUGUGUGAUGCCACAAUGCUUCCACCUCAGCAGGUAAUUUUAAAGGGACACUAUCAACUGUAGCAUAAUGCAGCAGUUUUGGUGUAUAAAUCAUGUGCCUGCAGCCUCACUGCUCUCUUCUCUGCCAUUUAGGAGUUAAAUCACUUUUUUUUUUAUACAGUCCUUGUCACACCGCCUUGCAUGCAACCUACACAGACUUCCUGAACAAUUCUUGCAGAUAGAUCUAAUGUUUAAACUUCCUUUAUUGCAUUCUGUUUAAAUUAGAAUAUCUCCUGCUCUGUUAAUAGCCUUCUAGGGCCACACAAGAGCCUUUUGCUUGUGAAUAAAGCUGUUUACAGAGCAGGAGAUAAAAACCUCUAAAGCAAGUUGACAUCUGAUUGAAAAUGUAACUUUUAUUUCUAAUGCAGGCUGUAUGAGUCAUAUGGGGGGUGUGGGGGGGGGGGGGUAAUGAGACAGCAGGGACAGCUAAAGGUGUUUUGGUGCCUAUAGUGUCCAUUUGAGUUUAUUUUUAUUUGUCUCUUCCUUUUGCUACUUCUUUACUGAAACACAUUUUUAUUUUAUUCAUACUUUUUGGAUAACCAUUUUUUUUCAUCUAUCAAUGAAAGUUUUCUUUCACCUUUCUGUAUGCUGGAGAAACCCUACCUUACGCUAACCAAGUUCACUUGUAGCAGGCGGUAAGGCAUUGUUAUAAACUCUCUCUUGUACCUGGCAGUCAGCAUAGAGAGGAAAUUUAAGCAACAUUUCUAUUCAUCCUUUUCAUAUGCAAUAUUUGCCCCAACUUGGCUUCAUCUAAACUGGAUUAUGAUGUAAUAAUGUAAAUUUUUAAUAUAGGUUUAGAAGAAAGCAGAGCAUCUCAUGAAAAAAUAAAAUAAAAAGGUCAACACACAUUCCAGCUAAUUUGUACUGUUUUAUUCAAUGAUGUGAGAGAAGUGGCAUACCGGCAUAUAUCCCUUGUGAUUUCUUCUCUUCCACUUUUGUAGUAAUUUCCUUGUCAUAUUUAAAAUAAGAAAAUAUUUGGGUUGGGUCAUGUGAAAUUAUACGCAAAGUUAAAACACAGUGCUGAUCUAUUAAUCUGAUACAUUUUGUUUUACUUGUGACCAGUUUUGAUCACACUUCAUUUAGACAUUUAAUAUGCUUAUUUUUGUGUAUACAAAGUAAUAUAGUUUGUGUGUAAAACUAAAAACAUUGGCUGCCCAGUUACUUUUAUCUACUCUAUUCUGACCUCAUGCAAAUCAUUAACUAAAUCCGUGACAUUGUGACAAUCCGUGCUUGUUAAUGUAAUGUUUUUGUAUGUUUGUUGCUAUUGCCACCUCUAGAAUGGAUGUCAACAGUGUAGAUAUGAACCUUAUUGUUUGUAUAAAGGAGAUUUAAGGAUCUAAUGCUUGUGGCACUAUACAAACACUCCAUGUCCGAUUUUAAUUUAACUUUUUUUUGCAUUGUUUUAUCUACAGAUAUCCGUAAGUCGGAAACGGGGACAUGAAGAACAUGAAGCAAGUACAUCUAAACAAUCAGAGACAUUAACAGCCACACCUGAAAAGAGGGCCAAAAUGUGACACUUUAAUCUAAACUAUACCUUGUUUAAUGUAUAUAAUAUCAGUGUUUUGUAUGUAAAUUAGUUUGUACAUUUAUACAUUUCAAUAAAUCACGUGAGUACUACUGUAGCUGUAGGCCUUUUACGGGUAUUUUGUAAGGAAGUUCCAUGUAUUCAUGGUAUUUAUUACAUGUUUACCUGACCAUCUAAUCAUUGCUAUGUGGAGGACGGGUCUGUGAGAUGAACAGAAGGUUACUGUUAAUGUAAAUGAUACUGUGUAUCAUUGAGACUACUAUUAGAGGUGCCAGUUAUAUUGUUUGAUAUGAACAUUUGGUUGUAAAGGACUGCCACUUUCAUACAACCAACCAAAGCGGCUGUGGCUUUUGUGGACUGUUUUUCUCAGUAGCAAUUUAUUACUAAUAUUUCAUAAACUUUUUUUAACCUACCAGUGUGCUCUCUCUUUAUUUGCCAAGGCAAAAUAUUUACAUACAUGUCUGCUGAUUCGGGAGUAUCAUGAGGAAGUGGAGGAAUCUUGUUUUGACUCAACUCUAGCUAAAGCUAUUAUUUUGCUGCAUUCAUUUUAGUGGACCUGCAUCCAUUGCAUAGGUUUCUGAUGGAAACAUUACUUUCGGAUCUUACACUUAGUGUUAAGAAUAAAACUUUAAUAUUAAAUAAUUUGACUUUACAGCAACCUGUUUAAAAUAUUAUGUAAAAGCCUUGAUUUGGGAAAUGUACUAAUACUAGGUCAGUUGCAAAGUCAUCUUUAAUGCCAACGUAUAAUGUGCUUAUUAGUUUAGGUGGACUUAAAUAACUAGUACCUUACAUAAAAAUGACAUGUUGACUUUUGAAAAUGAAAUGAAUAAAACCCCACAAACAUUGGGAGUUCCCAAAACACCCCUUAUAUUCAGAGGCAGUCACUCCGCUAUCUCUAAUCCCACACCACAGUGAUAUGGGGGUUAAUAAAAGUAUGAACAUUUUAGAGUCCCAUGUUAAAUAGGAAGGACAGAGCAUGAUGAUCUGUUUUCUAUGGAAUGGUUAUUAAAGGGUUACUACAACCCUGAUAAUAAAACCCUUUAUUUCUAUAACCAAUGCUCUAUGGGACAUAACAAAUAACUAAUUGUACUAAUUAUGUAAUCUAAUAUCUAAAACGUGACCUGGAUUAUAUACUGCCCAGUUUAGAGAACAUUAUCAAUUAAUAAUUCCAUUUUAGAUUCAUUCAUUCAUUUCGAAAGGAGGAUAUCCGUUUUACGUGUGUUCAUUUAUAAUCCAAACAUUUCAUGUAUAAGUGUUCCGUAUAUUGAUUAGUAUUGAAGUUGGUAUUAUAUUAGUAUCUCUCUUGAAAAGACUCAAAUGUUUGUGCAUACCACUGAGAGAAGUACUAGUUGUAAGCUCGUUUGAAUAUAAACAAUGACUUUUGUGAGUAACCAUAUUUAUUGAAAAUGUUUGAUUAUCAGAUUUCAGUCCAUAAGAGAAAAAUACUGAUCAGUGUUCAAUCAAAAAGAAAAUGCAGCAUUGAUCAAGUUUUUGAAAUGAAGCUUAAAUCUGUAAUUCAAAUGUAAAGUCAAAAUAGCCAAACUUAAAAAAAAAUCUGUUAAGCCAGCUAUGCUUCCAGUGUGGCUACUUUUCUUAAAUUUGAAAUUUACUUUGAAUUCUCGCUUUAGUCAAUAACCCUUUGUGUAUUAUUAUGUCUUAUAUUUUUAAAAUCCUCUCUAAGCACCAAAGGCGAUAGAUGUUAAUGCAGUGGUCUUGGUGCAUAAAUGCUGCCAUUUUUCCUUGACAAUGUUAAAAUAAUUUUUAAAUAUAUUUCUGAGAAAUGGGAAUGUUUGCUUUAACUUAAAAUAUAAUUAACUUAAAUAUAUAUAAAUUCCCCCAAAACUUACCUAUAUUCCAGGGCUGGGGACAGACACCACUUGGUAACUGCUCCACCUUCUGUUAAGUCGUCGUUCUUUGCCUGAUUACACCGAAAGUGAAGAUCAUUUGCUUUUGAAGGUCUUUAAAGUGAAAGUUGCCUUUAAUGGUGGGCUGACACCCACUAUAGGUGUGUUCUCUGUCAAAUAUAAACCUUGCUAUUUCUGAGCAAUGGAAAUGUUUUACAUUGCCAGAGAAAAGGGAUGGUCUAUUUACCAAAACCAUUACAUUAAUAUGCAGUGGCUAUGAUGCUAUACGAUAUUCCUAUCUGUGAAUAGCUGUUUAAAAGAAACCUGUUAGAUAUAGUCCACAAUUACCAUGAUUUCCUAGCCAAAUCACUAUUAGUUGUAUAUAUUACAUUAUAAUUACAGUAAGCUUUUGUGAGUAGACUUUACAUCAGGGGUGCCCAAAAGGUAGAUCCCCAGAUGUUGUUAUAGAACUACAGCUCCCAUGGUGCUUUGUAUGACUUUAGAAUGACAAAACAUUGUGGAAGCUAUAGUUUCAAAACAUCCGAGGAUCUACCUUUUGGGAACCUUUGCUUUACAUCAUAAUAGAAAAAAAUACAAAAAUAAUGCAUUGAAUUCUGGGAUCACAUACAGUUCUGUGAGUUCUUAUACAGACAUAUUUGACUUUUAUGUGCUGAAAACUUUUUAUGAAAAUAUAACAAUGACAUAUGAGCCAGUAAGACAUGCAUUUUUAAUUUAUUUUUUAGAACAAUGUAGUGAUGGCAUUUAAUUAUAUGAAACUGCAACAUCAUAAUUUUCACAUAGUUAGCGCACUUUUAAAGAUAUAUUUUGACGAAUGUCAAAUUGGUGAAAACCCUUCACUUGUGUUUCAACAAGAAAAAAAACUCACUAAGCUGAGAUUUCUGGAGAACAGAGUAGACAAACUCCUCAGCUAUAUUUCUCAAUUAAUAAUUUGAGUUCUAAACUGCAGGAGACUGUAUUUUUGAUCUACAGGCAUGACUUUCUAUAAUGUUUUGGUAUUUCCCAUUACCAGAACAAAUGGUUAGUGUUUAUCUCCUGAAUUUAAAAUUAGAGAUGCAAUUCAGAAUUAAUACUUUUUGUAUACGAUAUCUGAUUUUGUCAGCUUUUUUCCCGUGCAAAAAAAUACUUCAGUUAAACUUGUAUACAUGUAAAUAAUUGUUAAAAAUUAAUAUGGCAAAAUUAUAUUCACAUGUGGUGGUCAUGUAGGCAAGUGAUUGUUGUAUGACAGUGGGCUCAAUUCAUCAUUCAUACAUUAUGUGAUGUCAAAAUGCCUUUAAAACCUGAAGUAAUGUUAUUACAUUAUAAAUGGCCAAAAUUGAAAAAAAUAAAUCAAUUUCUAAUUAUCCAUUGUUUAAUGGCUUGUAAAAUAAUAAUAGCAAGAAAUUGGAAGGGAGAUACCCCUCUUAACAUCAAAUUAAUAAUAAUUCAGUUGGUUUACCAACUCAAAAUGGAGAAGGAUUAUUGCAAGUUCCUGAAGGAUGAAUUGAGCCUAUGGGAAAAUUGGGAGAAAAAAUUAUUACAAUUGUAAAAGGAUUGCUAUUUGAAAAAGUUGGGAAGUAGUAGAUAGUUUUUUUUUUUCGUUUUUGUCUUUUUAUGUAUGUUUUUUUAUGUGGAUGAAUGCAUUUUAAUACUUUUGUGUAAAAUGUAUUUAUGGUGGAUAAUUUAAUAAAAAAAAAAAAUUAAUAUGGCACAUUCAUGUAAAUGCAGUGAAAAGCUAAAACAUGUUUUUUGAGUUUUGUAUGUUCAGAAUAUUCACUGUCUCCUAAAGAAUAAAUAUUUUUAAAGUUUUCUUCCUGUUCAUCAAAGCAAUUCUUUCUCAAUAAAGCUGCCAUUAAUAUUUUGUAGAAAGAGGUAAGUUUGUAAAAUGUAAAGCUAUAGUUGAAAUCCAACUACAUAAAGUGUGCGUAAGUUGGAUUUCACAGUUUUCUUUCUUUGGUUGGCAAUUCUUAUGAUCAAUAUAAGGGGGCGAUAAUUGUGAAAAUUGUGUUGCCUUAUAAACAAUUUUACCACGUUUACCAAGAAAACGUAGAAAAUGUCCAUAAAAAUCUGGACAUAAACCAGUUGCAUCUGCAGUUAUGAUACUGGUGAAAAUGAUACAUUCCUUAAAAGUAUACUCUAAUGCAGGGGUUCUCAACCCAGUCCUCGGGACCCCCUACCAGUCCAGGAUUUGGGGAUUACCUGUGUGUCUAAGGUGUUUAGAAAAAGGG